GGCACUUUGAGCCUGUUCACCCCGCAGCCGACUAGCACAACGUUGGCCACACCAGUCGUCGAGGACAGCAUAGCAAGCGCUGAAAAAUGCGACCAUCUUUUCGAGGCUUUCUUGGUUAUUGAUGUCGCAGACACAGAUGAGUCUCAAAAGCAGCCAUCGAACAGGGCAAAGAGCCGGCGCAAGACGCGCUUGGCUUCACUUGUCCCAGGACUUGAGAAGAGUGAUGUUCGGAUGAGGUGGCCGAGAGAGUCUGGUGCUUUGGAGAGCUUUCUGGUAGAAAAGGGUUUCUGCCCAGGUCCGCUGGACUACCGCUUCAAUGGACAAGCUUUCGUGUUGACGGUGCUGGCACAAGUGCUGAACCCGAAGGCGCAUCCGAGCGAUCUGCUCUUCUGUUGCGUGUGCAGCGAGGACCUGAGAAGCUCGGCCCUGCCAGCAGAUCACCGGUUGCUUGAGAAGGAUGCGGAGGAGCAAGAAGUAUCUCGCAGCCAAGCGCAGAGAGACGACGACGAUAAUAUGAUGCAGCAUAUCCCAGACGGAGGUGUGCUUUGUUUAGUCUCCAAAAUACCCUUUUUUGACUUCAGCUUUACUUUGCUCGAGAUCUUCCGGCAGAAUCUUCAGCAGGCUCCCGCCAUCCUUGAACGCCUGAAUCGGGCCGGGAUGGAGCGUUUGGCCCUGCGCGGAGUCGAUGUUUCGGACCUCCUGCAGACUCCGCGCGUCCUUUGCCUAUCCAAGAUGUCCCAGCAGAUGCCACCGAAGUUGUUGUCUCCAGGCUGUCAGUGGUCUCACUUCAAAAACUUGAGCAAUGCAGAGACGUGCAGCCCUCUGGCCCGUACCUUCGGAAGGUGGACAGUUUGGUGGGGCCUCUUCACGCUGCUCACACGCUGGGGUGAGAAGCUCCUGGAGGUGGUCUUGAAACUGCUGCCCUGCGUGCUUCUCGAGCAGCAGGUGUUGCUGGUCGGUGAUGCGCAGCGAGCUUGUGUGGUGGCGCUGCUUCUGCGUGGUUUGCUGUGGCCCUUUCGCUGGCAGCACCCCUUCGUUUGUGCACCACUUCCGCCGGAAGCACUCCGAGAGCUGCCACUUCUGGAAGCCACCAUGCCGAUGAUCAUGGCCUUCGGGGAGAUGCCAAUGCUGAGCCACUUCUGGGGCUACGACACGGUGUACCGGCUACCCCCAAGCAUCGUCGCGGGCGUUCUCCGCAACGAAUGGGUAUACAUCAGCGACAAGCUGGAGACCGUUGGUGGUUUAUCAGGCAGCAGCAUCAAACUUCCAAGCUUUGUGCAGACGGCACUGCGGAAUGAAAUAAAGGAGGCCAGACGCAGCUUCCGCCAGUCUUCGCAGAAGCUCCAGGCAUUGCAGGAGAUUGUUCCGAAGGUUCACGAGGCAGUAGAGGUGGCCAUGCAAAAGCUGGCUGAUUUGGUGAAGAGCUAUGCCAAGAGUCAAGUGGAAGAGCUGCAGAACAAGGUGGGCUCAUCCAAGGAGGAGCUUUGCGAGAAAUGUUACCAGAGGGCACUCAAGGUCGAAAGGUUUGUGCAGUGGCUGUGGGCCAAUGAAGAUGCUUACGGAUGCCCGGAGCCCGUGGGGUUCUACACGACCUUCUUGCAGACUCAGUGCUUCAUGAGUUUGCUGUUCGAGGAUCUUGGGACAGAACAUGAACCCGGGUUUCUUUCAGCCCUGUCGAGAGGUAGCUGA